UUGGGAACUCCGAGUAGGGGCCUUGCGACAGCAUCGCGCAUAGAGUUUUGCAGCUUAUUGGCGCAGCGCGAUGGUAUCAAGUAUUGGGUAGGACGCCGUGGACGCCGUAUAGGAAGAUGAAAUGUACAAAUGUAGAAGUCUCCCUGCCUGUGCCUUUGGCUUCAGGACAGUCAUCUACAGCGCAACAACACUUUCCAGCGAACUCGUAACAAAGUUAGCUCCAUCUCCAUAUUAUCAAUACAUCAACAUGACAGUCUCAUCAUCCCUCACCAUCUAUCGCCCCGGUCCAUCAAACGCCCUAUCAACACGCUCGUUUUCCAGCUCACUCAUCUCCUCCCACCUCUUCACCCAACAAACCGGCACAGCGAUCCUAACCGAACUCGCCUACCGCAUCCUCAUCGACAUCAUAAACCGGUUCCUGCACUCCUUCCAGCGCCUCGCCUCCCAUGGACUUGACUCGGCCUCGUCUUGGAUGGAGCGGAAAUUACAGGAACGUCGGGAUCGGCUGGACACGUCCGGUACCCGGGGGGAGAAUCUGAAGAUUGUAGAAGAGGUGGGCAAGUUAGUGGAAGAGAGGGGCUUUGUUACUUGUCCGAUGACGGGGAGGGAGAUGAGUAGAGAGGAGGGGAUGAAGGGGCCGCCGAAGUGGGUGAGGGGGGUUUUGGACGGGAUUGAUGAGGGGAGGAUGAGGGAGAGGGAUUUUUGGAUUCAUACGCAUGGGGAUUGAGGGUCGGGUGUUGAUCUACCCGGAUUGGUUCAAGAAAGUAUCUGAGCUGUCCCGCGACGCUGCUGGUUCGACGACAUACUGCUGGAGCUGAGUCGCUGAGACGAAGCGCACCUCGACCACCAAGGUCU